CUGAUCGAUCAAACGAUUUGAAGCUUUUGUAAGAUCAAGUGAAGUGAGAUCGAUGAUGCAAAUUUGAUAAAGAUUUGCUUUUAUUAGAGGAUGUUUAAAAUUCAGAUUUUAAAAUUUGCACUUUAACCGGCCGCAUAUUUAUUAAUUUUUGUCUCAGCAUCCGAUUAUUUUUUGUAAACAUAUCCACUUGAUAUCGAAUGUUUUUCGCGGAAUUUAUGAUAAAAACAAACGAUAUAAGAGAGAAGAUAACGGUUUAUUGAUAUUUCGUGUAAUUAUAAAAGCAAUGAGCUUUCAAAUAUGAUUUAUCAGAAUUAAAUAUGUAACGUGAUAAAAUAAGCGAGACGUAUAAUUCGCAAAAUAGAACAUGGAUCUAAUUUCGAAUGAUCAUGCGAAGAUGGGAAACGGUUCCUCUUCGUCGAACCACGAAUGGACCUGGGACGAAAGGUGGUCGACGUCGUCGAUCAAAUUAUCGAGUGAUAAUUUAAUCGUUACAUUUCAUCCUGUAUAUAGCACUGGUACAGCAGUGACGAGGGGUAACAAGCCACUGGAGAAAGGGAGGCAUCAUUUUUGGGAGAUUUUAAUGAUAACGCAAAUAUACGGCACGGAUGUUAUGGUUGGUGUAGGAACUGCAAAUGCGGAACUUCAUAACGCAGGUGAGCUUUUUUGCGCUCUCCUUGGACGAGAUCAAGAAUCUUGGGGUUUCUCAUACAAGGGAUAUUUACAGCACGAUGGUAAGGUGUAUAAGUAUGGGACGACCUUUGGUCAAGAUAAUUUGGUAGGUGUGCAUCUUGAUACUUGGAGCGGAACGUUACAAUUUUUCCUCAAUCGAAAGCCACUAGGUGUCGCUUUCACGAGGUUGAAUAAUGUUAUGCUUUACCCAUUAAUAAGCUCCACAAUGGCUCAAUGCACCAUGAAGUUAACUUAUAGCUGCUCGAUACCAGUAUCUUUGCAAACUUCUUGCUUAGCAGUCUUGUCACCUGUACAAAAGGCAUAUCUGUCGAAAGCAUUUCCCAGUUUGCGUUAUCUUUCUGAAAAUGUAUUUGCUGAUAUACUACGAAAACCUAUUGAGCAUGAUAAUGAAGAAGACAUUGAAUUUCCUGCAGAAUAUAUUAUCUUAGACGAUUUCGACUAUGCCCUUAUAGGGAAUGGGGUAAAGAAGAGAAAAAAGCAUUGAAAAAAUACUGUGUGGCAAAUAUUCAAGUAAUUAAUAUAGAAAUUAUUUCUAUUCAUACAUAUACACGGACACAUCAUACAGAAUGUCCUAAAAGUUACGAACCAGUCAAAUAUUUCAUAAACUAUGCACUUUAUAAAGAAAUGUUUCAGACAAAAGUUGUAUGGCUUGAAGGGGGCCAUCAGUUAGUGGCAAUGAUUUGACCUUGGAGAGUCAUUUGAAGCUGACGUAAAGAUCACCUUCAAUUUCUUAAAUGGAA